AUGAGAUUUACCGCACUUACUCUUUUGGCCCUGGGUGCCUCAACCUCAGCCUACGUUGUGCCAAACAACAAGCAAGCCGUCGAUAAUGCCGUCAAAGCACGGAUGCCAGGAAGCGGACCUGUGCACGCAUCCAAUCUCGUAGCUGCACUCGCAGAUCGUGGAGUUGAAGCUCGCCACCAUAAGGGUAAAGGCGGAGCGGGCGCCGCUGGUGGUGCUGGAGGCGCUGGUGGUCUAGCCAAGCUCUUCGGCCGUGAUGCUCAGGAGUUGACCCAAGAAGAGGACGACGCUCAUUGGGCUGAUCUUCACACUCGCUCUCCUCACCACAAGGGCAAGGGAAACAAUGCCGCUGGAGCUGGUGGCCGCGGCAGACUGUCUGGACGUGAACCUGAAGCACACCACAAGGGCAAGGGAAAUAACGCCGCUGGAGCUGGUGGCCGCGGCAGACUGUCCGGCCGCGACGCUCAAGAGUUGACCCAAGAGGAAGAUAACGCUCAUUGGGCUGAUCUUCACACUCGUUCUCCCCACCACAAGGGCAAGGGAGGAAACGCCGCUGGAGCUGGUGGCCGCGGCAGACUGUCUGGACGUGAACCUGAAGCACACCACAAGGGCAAGGGAAAUAACGCCGCUGGAGCUGGUGGCCGCGGCAGACUGUCCGGCCGCGACGCUCAAGAGUUGACCCAAGAGGAAGAUGACGCUCAUUGGGCUGAUCUUCACACUCGUUCUCCCCACCACAAGGGCAAGGGAGGAAACGCCGCUGGAGCUGGUGGCCGCGGCAGACUAUCUGGACGUGAGCCUGAAGCACACCACAAGGGCAAGGGAGGCAAUGCUGCUGGUGCCGGAGGAGCUGGAGGCUUGGCCAAGUUGUUCGGACGUGAUCCCGAAGCGCACCACAAGGGCAAGGGCGGAAAUGCUGCUGGUGCUGGCGGUGCCGGCGGACUCGCUAAACUGUUCGGACGUGACCCAGAGGCACACCACAAAGGCAAGGGAGGCAACGCUGCCGGUGCUGGUGGACGUGGCAGGCUAUCCGGCCGUAACCCCGAGGAGUUGACCCAAGCCGAAGACGAUGCCCACUGGGCCGACCUUCACACUGGCGACAACUAA